UUCUUUUAGGUUAAAAAACAAAAGAUAAAGUGUGUUUUAAUUGUGGCGUCCAACUUUUUCUUUGUUAGCCUUAAAAUGGGUAGCUGAGGCUUCAACCUCCGGGGGGAACAAACAUACAGUUGAAGUGGCAACAGGGUCCUGAUGGAGCUACGCUGUCUUCAGGGGCAGUCAGAGAUGAACCCUGGACAAGUUUAUUUGAAUUUCCGAAGUACACAUGAACGCUUCAGAAGACGGGUUGCUGCAAUCCAAGUAGCCUAUGAACCAUCAUUUGAAAAAGCUGUUCACACACCUCGUCGGAUCCAGGUGACGCUCCUGAGAUGCAGCGUCACCCCCAAAAGGCCAAACCGACCGGCUUUCAUUCCUGAAGUCACAGCAGCACAGUCGCGUGUCGUGGCGCAAUCCACCACCCUCACCAAACUACAGCUGAAUACCAGUUUGGGCUCCACAGAUAUUACGCAUAGAGCCCAUUGUUCGUGCGCACAGUCCGGAGCAGUCGACUUUUUGACUGUAGCAUGGUGCUGUGGCUCCACGGUCACCUCACAUUAAAGGACAACGUUUGAUAUCUGUGGACAUCAGAGCACAACAGGACAGUCAUCUUUAAAUGAGUCACCUUUACCAAUGUGUGUUGGAAGAGGAAAGAUAACCGGACAAAGAAAUCUUCUCGACAUCUGUAGCCUUCUCCAGCCCAACCAUGAGGGACAGACUGAGCAACCUGCAGGAAAUGUCCAGCUGUCAUGUGGAGCAGAUGGAGUACGCCGACUCCACUGUCUCCGACACCUUAAGCAACGUGGACCUGGAGGAGGAGCUGUCCCAUGAGGCAGUGGUGUUCGACAACAGCCCUGCACUGGAGGGGAUCUUUUCCCAGUCACAGGAUAUCCACAGAGAGAUCCAGCUCAUCCGCCUGGAGAUUAAAAGGCUUCGUGAGCAGAACUCUCGCAUGGUCAAGGGCGUCACCACCAUGAGCACUAUCAAAAGGGACUCCAACGCUAUUGGUGCGGAUAUAAAGGCUCGGGCUGAGGAUGUGCUGGCACGCCUGCGGGAAAUGGACGGCACAGCCCACAAGCUCGAAGAAGAACAUGGCCCAAAUUCUGCCAUCACACGCAUCGCUAGAACCCAGUACGCUUGCCUCAGCAACAAUUUCCGCGAUACCAUGUUUGACUACAAUGCGGCCGAGAUGAGUCAUCGGGAGAACUGUAAAGCCCAGAUCCAGAGGCAAAUGGAGAUAGUGGGACGUGAGGUGACAGGAGAGGAGGUGGAGGAGAUGAUUGAGAAAGGUCAGUUCAACAUCUUUAAUGACAACAUUAUGGCUGAAGGUAAAACGGCUCGAUCAGCUCUGUCCCAGAUUGAGAAACGCCACCAAGAGUUGGUGGACCUGGAGUCCCGUAUCAAUGGCAUCCAUGAAAUCUUCCUGGACGUCGCCAUGCUGGUGGAGGAGCAGGGCCCCAUGCUGACCACCAUCCAAACCAACGUUCAGAAAACCGACGAAGGCAUACAGGAGGCCCUCGUCAAACUCGGCAGGGCCAAACGUCAUGACAAGAACAACCCCUUUAAAAAGAUGUUUUGCAGCUGUUUCCCAUGUGUCGACUGAUGACUAG